CAAAUCUAAUUUAAUUAGUUAGGAGGGUUAUGAAAAAUAAAAUUCCACUUGAUACACCUUCUAAUUCAAAUUACAUAUCUCAGCUCUUUAUUGAAGAAAAAAUCUGGUAGCAAAAUGGUUGUUGCAACUACCCUUGUAAAUGGAUCAAUACUAGUUAAUCAGCUUCAAUUUCGCAGACUCGAUAGAUUUUCCACUUUCAAAUUGGAUAUCUGUGGAAAAUUCAAGUUCAAAAAAUCCAUAUCGCAUUGUACACUAAUUCCCCCUAAAAUGAUGAUGGAUUCCGUCGAGAAUCGAGCUGCUGCUGCUGCCGGCGAUGAAGGAGUCAGUCUUGGAGGAUUAGAGAAAGAAGCUGUUGUUGAUGGAGCCAUGAAUUUUUCUUCCGAUGGAAUUCAAGCUUUUCUCAAUAGCAUGAGUAAGUGGCUGAUGGCUGCAGUUUAUGGUAUGAUCUUGCUGUGGAGGCAUGAUAUGGAAGCCCUGUGGGUUACUUCAGGUGGAUUUGUCAAUAUCUGUCUUUCAAUUGCACUGAAGGGGAUACUUAACCAUGAACGCCCCGUUUCAACAAUAAGAUCAGAUCCUGGGAUGCCUUCGUCACACGCGCAAUCUAUCUUCUACACAGUCGCAUUUUGUACCAUCUUAAUGAUUAAAUUUUUCGGGUUCAAUGAAAUAACUGCAGUCACUAGUACGCUUAUCUUUGCAAUGGGUUCUUACUUUUCAUGGCUACGAGUUUCGCAACGACUUCACACGCUAAACCAAGUAGCAGUGGGUGCAAUACUAGGAUUCUGUUUCUCUUUUUUCUGGUUCUGGCUAUGGGAUGCCAUAGUCAUGAAGGCAUUUAUAAACCACUAUUGGGUUCGGAUUGUAGCUGUUGUUGGUGCAGCUGGUUUUUGUGUUGGUUUUCUCCUAUAUGUGAUUCGAAAUUGGGUUAUUGAAGACCUACAUUGAUUCAAUAUAGUAUGUGUAAAGGUUAUUCGUAUAGCAAUUGAAAUAAUUAUGGUAUACAAAUAAAACAAUUUCUUUCUCAAA